AUGAAUCUAUCUGCCUCUUAUGAGCUCUUCAGUGACAUAACUUGGAUAUUACUAGCCGCCAUGGAAGGCAACUUCUUCAGAUUUGAUGCUCAACGAGCACAUGGUGAUGGUUUUGUACUGACACAAAAGCCUAAUCUCAUCGCAGUCCCAACUGAAGUUAACUCUAACGAAAGUGGCUGCUUCGAUUGCAACAUCUGUCUAGACUCUGCACACGAUCCAGUGGUCACUCUGUGUGGGCAUCUCUUUUGCUGGCCAUGCAUUUACAGAUGGUUAGAUGUGCAGAAAUCAUCCUCUGCCUCCAUUAUUCAGAAACAAAACUGCCCUGUAUGCAAAUCCAACAUCUCCAUCGGUUCAUUAGUUCCUCUUUACGGAAGAGGCAUGUCUUCUUCUUCUUCGUCUUCAGAAACUACGAUGAUGAUUCCUCAAAGACCCGCUUCGUCCCCUUUAAACAACCUGAUCCGUUCAGCUUCAUCUUCUCUCAACCCGAGCUUGCACCAUCAGGCUCACUCUCCUCGUCAUUACGGUGGCUUCACUGCAACGGAAUCGUCGACUGAUCCGGCCAAUGCGGUCAUGAUGAGUUUGUUGUACCCGGUGAUUGGAAUGUUCGGGGACAUGGUCCACACGAGGAUGUUUGGAACGUUUACAAACACUUUGGCUCAUCCUUACCAAAACCAGCGAUCAGUUGUCAAUGGUAACAACAACAACAGCCAGAGAAUGAUGCAACUAGAGAAAUCACUGCAUCGGGUAUCGAUCUUCUUCCUUUGCUGCAUUCUCCUCUGCCUCUUUUUGUUCUGAGUCACACUUACUUGUUCAUUCUUCUAAGCUCUCCUUUUUGUACAGUCUUGUGUCUGUUAAUGUAAAUAACUUGCUUGGUCCAGAGCUGUAUAAGCCAUUGUUUGUCACUGUUGUAUUUGUCUAAACCAUACGUAUAUCUAUACAUAGUUGUGUAUGUAUGCUUCAAAAACAUAUGAUGAUUUAUAUGAAUAGAGUCUUUCCUCUUU